GGGCGUGUAUAAAGGCGCCAGGCGGGCGGCGGCGUCGGUCUGUACUGCAGAGCCGCUGCUGGAGGAUCGUUUUAAAGGGCCCACGUGCCGCCGCCCCCUCGGCCCGCCAUGCUGCUAUCCGUGCCGCUGCUGCUCGGCCUCCUCGGCCUGGCCGCCGCCAAGCCCUCAGUCUAUUUCAAGGAGCAGUUUUUGGACGGAGAUUCGUGGACCCACCGCUGGAUUGAAUCCAAACACAAGUCAGAUUUUGGCAAAUUCGUCCUCAAUUCUGGCAAGUUCUACGGUGACCAGGAGAAAGAUAAAGGGUUGCAGACUAGCCAGGAUGCCCGCUUUUACGCUCUGUCGGCCAGAUUUGAACCCUUCAGCAACAAGGGCCAGACGCUGGUGGUGCAGUUCACUGUGAAACACGAGCAGAACAUCGACUGUGGGGGCGGUUACGUGAAACUGUUUCCGGAUGGUUUGGACCAGACGGACAUGCACGGAGAUUCGGAAUACAACAUCAUGUUUGGCCCCGACAUCUGUGGCCCUGGCACCAAGAAGGUUCAUGUCAUCUUCAACUACAAGGGCAAGAACGUGUUGAUCAACAAGGACAUCCGUUGCAAGGACGAUGAGUUUACACACCUGUACACGCUGAUCGUGCGGCCAGACAACACGUAUGUGGUGAAGAUCGAUAACAGCCAGGUGGAGUCCGGCUCCUUGGAGGACGAUUGGGACUUCCUGCCACCCAAGAAGAUAAAGGAUCCUGAUGCUUCCAAACCGGAAGACUGGGAUGAGCGGGCCAAGAUCGAUGACCCCACAGACUCUAAGCCCGAGGACUGGGACAAACCUGAGCACAUUCCUGACCCCGAUGCUAAGAAGCCUGAGGACUGGGAUGAAGAGAUGGAUGGAGAAUGGGAGCCACCAGUCAUUCAGAACCCCGAGUACAAGGGCGAGUGGAAGCCCCGGCAGAUCGACAACCCAGAUUACAAGGGCACUUGGAUCCACCCAGAAAUCGACAACCCUGAGUACUCCCCUGAUGACAACAUUUACGCCUAUGACAGUUUUGCUGUGCUGGGCCUCGAUCUCUGGCAGGUCAAGUCUGGCACCAUCUUUGACAACUUCCUCAUCACCAACGACGAGGCAUAUGCCGAGGAGUUUGGCAACGAGACAUGGGGUGUCACAAAGGCAGCAGAGAAGCAAAUGAAGGACAAACAGGACGAGGAGCAGAGGCUCAAAGAGGAGGAGGAAGACAAAAAGCGCAAGGAGGAAGAGGAGGCCGAGGACAAGGAAGAUGAUGAGGACAAAGACGAGGAUGAAGAAGAUGAAGACGACAAGGAAGACGACGAAGAUGAAGACGCCCUCGGCCAGGCCAAGGACGAGCUGUAGAGGCCGCGCCACCCGCCUCCGGGGCUGGACUGAGGCCCGAGCGCUCCCCGCCGCAGAGCCGGCCGCGCCAAAUAAUGUCUCUAUGAGACUCGAGAACUUUCAUUUUUUCCAGGCGGGUUCAGCUUUGGGGUGAAUUUUUGGUUCUGUCCCUCCCUUUUUUUUUAAACUAGUGUUUUGUCUUGGAUUCUCUUUCACCCCUUACUUCCUUCUUUCUUCUUUCUUGAGUGACAUCUUUUCCUGCCUCUGUGCCCGUCUCUCCCCGGAUCCUUUAGCCUCUCUCCAACCCGGGGGGCAGCGGUGUGGAGGAGAAGCCACAGGCCUGAGAUUCCACCUUCUCUCCUUCCUGGAGCCCAGAGGGGGGCAGGAGAAGGGGGUGGCAUCUCCAGUCCCCCAGCACUGAGAAAGAAUUGGGGCUCUUCCCAUUCCUCCCCUCCCUUUAUCUUCCGCUGCCCCCAGGACUGGGCCACUUCUAGGUGGGGCAGCAGGUUCCAGCUGGGCUCACACUGAGAAUGUAAGAAUUACAAACAAAAUUUCUAUUAAAUUAAGUUUUGUGUCUCC